CGGUAGACCAAGCAGACUACACCAUCUGACCAAUCAGACUAGUCUAGCGGAAAGGAGGGGAUUAGACAGAGGAAUCACGGAAUGAAUCAUUUGAGAGUCAGCCAGGAAGUAAGCCAAUCAUGAGCCACAGUAUCUAUAGACUCAGUGGACAACGUGACACACUACUUUCGAACUGAAAAUUGUAGGACUGACAGCUUUUUCGGUCUGCACUCUCCAAGCGACUGCACGCAAGCAGCAAAUCCAGCAAGAAUGUUGGAUGUUUUAAUAAUCGGAGGAGGUCCUCAUGCUCUAACACUCGCUACUCUACUCUCAGACCCUGACCAACCUAUCUGCCAAUCCAGUGCUGACAUACUUCAAGGAAUUCAGCUUAGCAAAGCAAAAGCAAAAAGUGCUCGCAAAAACAAAAAAAGACAAUCAACCAGGCCUGUGUUAGAAACAAAGAAUGGCGGGAAACAUCAGACACGCUCUUCACUGAACUUCAAGGUGGUGGAUUCAUAUGGAAGAUGGAUAUCACUGUGGCAAAGCCAGUUUACUUCCCUGAGCAUUCCUCAUCUCCGAUCACACAUGCUUGUGCAUACCGACCCAUUUGAUAAGACGGCCUUGCAAGAGUUUGUGGUGGCGGAGCAUCGGGCGGAGGAGCUGCACAGUCUACCUGAGCAAAUUUACAUUCAGGACGAGAAUGCAUUUUUUAAUGACAAUCGGCUGGGUAAGAGGGACAAAAAGCUUCUAAGCGCAACAAAUGGCCUUCAGAAGAAGCUGUACUUCAGUCUGCCAGGAACACAACUCAGUAUAGACUUCUUCCAGGAGCAGGUACGCAAAUAUGACCUGGACAGCAUCUUAAUCCGAGCCACAGUGGACAGAAUCAUUCCGAUCCUUUCUGAGGAUGAGAGCAAGGUGAAGUUUUUCAACGUGACAUUAAACACAGGAGAAAAUGUAGAGGCAAAAACCGUCGUCAUGGCGACAGGACCUUCCAGGGCACAAAUGGCAAACAUCCCGUCUUGGGUGCAAGCAAUCCAGGAGAGUUACCCGGAGGGAAGUCUACAACACACAGUCGAGCUCAUGCAUUACUUCUGUACACGUGAGGAAACGAAUGAGCCAUCAACAGGUCCUCCCCCCGUGUGUCAUAUCGGUCAAAGAGUGAUGGUGGUGGGUGGAGGUCUAACCAGCGCCCACAUUAUCUCAAUUGCUCUUAAGCAGGGUGCCCGUCACGUGACCUGGGUCUUACGAAAACACUUACAGUUGAAGCAGUUUGAUGUUGGGGACGUGGAGAGUCUGAUCGGACGCUAUUCACACAUUGAGCAUGGAAUCAAGAUGGAUGGCCUGGCCUACCUCAGGCAGUUCUAUAAUGAAAGGAGUCUUCACAAGAGGUUGGCAAUGAUAAAACAAGCCAGGAAAGGAGGAGCUGUGACCCCAGAGGUCUACACACAACUUCUGCCUUUCAUUCAGAGCGGACAACUUCUGGUCAGACAUCACUGUCAGGUGACUGAAGCUAAAUGGUGUUAUCAGACUCAGAGUUGGAGGCUCUCCCUGUGCAAUGGUGAACGGUGGAAUGGGGAAAAGAUUUGGCUGGCAACAGGCUGCAAACUGAAUGUAAAUCAAGACCCUUUACUGGCAGACGUCAUGAGAAAAUUCCCCAUUCAAGUUUUGGACGGCUGGCCGUGCAUAACAGAAUCACUGCAGUGGACACCAGAAUGUCCUCUCUACCUGAUGGGGCAGUACACAGCACUUCAGGUUGGGCCUCAUGCUGUUAACCUUGCAGGGGGUCAAGCUGCAAGUAUACGCAUAUUUAAAAGCAUCACCUCUCAACAUAGUGGACUGGAUGAAAGUACAUCAGCGAGAAUGGAGAAGACAAGGAGGACCGAAGAGUACAUAUCACACAUGCACGGCCUCAUGUGGUUGUAACCUACAUUAAUCCAAUCCAAUAAACUUGAAAACCACAGGUUUCACCGUUCUUUUCAGCUGUACUUACCUG